UUCGCAUGUACCAUGGUUCAUUGCGACAUGAACUUGUUUCGUCAUUGUCACUUGAUUAUGUUACCCCGUUUCAACCCCAACCCACUCAUCUCUCCUCUAUUCCCUACCACGUAAUAGAAACAAUCCAAACCAAGCCCGCUCGCGAAAUAAGGAGAAUCCAGUCCAAAAAGCCCUCAUCCUUCGUAUCCCACCACCCCAUAAUCGCGUGACACCAACAACCGAU